CCAGAGUUGCUUCUCCACUUUCCUCGAUCUUUUCUCCUUCCUCCCCACACAGUCCUUAAAGCGCCCGACAGGACCCUUCAUCUACUCCUCCCCUCGUGCUCUCUGUCAAACGAGAGCAUGAGCAACAGAGUUAGAGCAGGGGGUUCACCAGCCUCUCCGGCUGCGCAUUGUCGGUUUCCGAGUCAAAACUGUGUAAAAGCGAGCUCGCUGCCUCGUAUCUGGACUCGCAUCAGGUCCGUCUUGGGCUCUGGUGUUGUCUUGGAGGAUUUGGGCAAGGCUAUUGCUGCCCCUUGUGGAUGCCUAACGUAGUGGCAUGCAACCUUGGCGCAACGGUAGACAACUCGUUCUGGUUGCUGAAUUGCACAUCAUGAUGCAUUUUACGUCACGUACAAUGAUGCCCCUGACUGGCAGAGAUUCUUUCUUUUCUCAAUUGGCCAUGGCCAUCAGAGCGAUAUCACACUCUGGUCAUUAAUGCAGGGUCCAUACGUGUAUGCUCUCAUGUGCAUGCGAUAUGCGCUGGAUCAGCAGCAGGACUAGGCGAGCACGAUCAUAGAUUCAAGUGAACGGGCUGCGGGCACAUUCAUUAGUGCCCGACCGGUGGUUUCAUCGGAAAAGGUCAUGUUAGUGCGGUUCAUACGUGAUACAUGGCAGCGAAUUCCUUGAGGGUGGAGUCAAAUUGCUCUUUUGCAGCCCAUUAUUCAGAGGCAGUGUCAGAGACCCAUUUGGGCUUUAAACUCCUUCACAGCACGAUUUUCGUUGUCAUGUCGAAGCUUUAUCUGUGCCUGUAGAUCCUUGGCUUUCUGGGAGCUCUCAUGUCGCUCUGGAUUUUGUUUUUUUUUUGUUUGGCUCUGCGAUCGGCUU